AUGAAAGGCCUCGGUGACAGCCGCCCCCGCCACCUGUCCGACAGCCUGGACCCACCACACGAGCCCCUGUUCGCAGGGCCUGAUCGCAACCCCUACCUGCUAUCGCCCACGGAGGCCUUCGCCCGCGAGGCUCGCUUCCCUGGGCAGAAUGCUCUGCCAGGGGACGGGCUUUUCCCGCUCAACAACCAGCUGCCACCACCCAGCAGCACCUUCCCCCGCAUCCACUACAACUCCCACUUCGAGGUGCCAGAGGAGAGCCCCUUCCCCAGCCACGCCCAGGCCACCAAGAUCAACCGGCUGCCCGCCAACCUCCUGGACCAGUUUGAGAAGCAGCUGCCUAUCCACCGCGACGGCUUCAGCACGCUCCAGUUCCCCCGCGGGGAGGCCAAGGCCCGGGGCGAGAGUCCUGGCCGCAUCCGCCACCUGGUCCACUCGGUCCAGCGGCUCUUCUUCACCAAGGCGCCCUCCCUGGAGGGCACGGCAGGCAAGGUCGGCGGCAAUGGCGGCAAGAAAGGUGGCCUGGAGGACGGCAAGGGCCGGAGGGCCAAGAGCAAGGAGCGGGCCAAGGCCGGGGAGCCCAAGCGGCGCAGCCGUUCCAACAUCUCGGGCUGGUGGAGCUCCGACGACAACUUGGAUGGUGAGGGUGGCACCUUCCGCAGCGGUGGCCCAGCCUCUGGACUGAUGACACUAGGCCGCCAGACAGAACGCAGCCAGCCACGCUAUUUCACGCACGCCUACAACACCAUCAGUGGGCACAUGCUCAGAGCCGCCAAGAACAACACCGCCGAGCUGACCGCCCCGCCACCUCCGCCGGCACCCCCGGCCACCUGCCCCAGCCUUGGGGUGGCCGCGGACACCAACUAUGUCAAGCGGGGCUCCUGGUCCACCCUGACCCUCAGCCACGCCCAUGAGGUCUGCCAGAAGACCUCAGCCACCUUGGAUAAGAGCCUGCUAAAGUCCAAAUCCUGCCACCAAGGUCUUGCCUAUCAUUACCUGCAGGUGCCCGGAGGCGGUGGCGAAUGGACCACCUCGCUGCUGUCCCCGCGCGAGGCGGACUCCACAGGCGAGGGCCCCAUCCCGUGCCGGCGAAUGCGCAGCGGCAGCUACAUCAAGGCCAUGGGCGACGAGGACAGUGACGAGUCCGGCGGCAGCCCCAAGCCCUCCCCCAAGACGGCGGCGCGGCGCCAGAGCUACCUGAGGGCCACGCAGCAGUCGCUGGGAGAGCAGAGCAAUCCCCGCAGGUGA